AUGUCGUCUGGUAAAGCAUGCAACUAUGGAACACAACAGGCUAUUUCGAGCUUGAGAACCUCCACGAAGGGCUGGGGGGGUCAAGACCGCACAGAUCCGACUGCCGAACUAGACCUGCACCGAACAAACAAGUUCCCAUCCCUAUACUUCUUGGACUCCGAUUCAUUCCAGCCUAUAUCAAGAGACAUAUUGAUAAUACACGAUGGCCCAGUUUUUCUUGAACAACAAAGACGCUUUGAGGCUGCUGGUGCAUUCGACUCUUUGAUAGAACACUACGAGAAUACCAUCCACCACUGGCUCCCCAUGCUCAGCAUCAAGCGCCUCAGACAAGAUGCAGAAGCUCUAGGAGACUCAAAUCGGGGCGGUAUUGAUGUUCUGGUCUUCUUGGCUCUUCAGGCACUCAUUAAUCAGAAUGAUGAGCAUACCAUGCUACCGCAAAGUAACCCUUCAUACUUAAAGGCAAAGUAUGGCAGCGUUAUCGCUGAGAGUGGAGGAGUCAUCAACAUUCGACUGAUACAGACUCUCGCCUUGGUAGCCUUGUAUGAGCUUGGCCAUUGUAUCUAUCCUGCCGCAUACUUAACAAUAGGGCAAGCUGUACGAUUGGCUACCAUGGUUGGACUUCACAGCCAAAAGGAUGCACAACAACUGUUCGUGGAACCGGAAACAUGGACCUUAUGCGAAGAACAGAGACGGACUUGGUGGGCGAUUGUACUGCUUGACAGAGUUAUUGUUGCCGGCUCUCCUCGACUCUUGAUGGCUGCUCCCGAUCCGACCACGAAUGAUCUUCUGCCUUGCAACGACGAUGACUGGACAAAUGGACGAAUAGGUUUCAAUGAGGCACUAUUCACGCGAAACUUCCACUCGCCCUCAUCCUUGGGGCAAUUUGCAAGAGUAUGCCAGGCUGUUCACAUUUUUGGCAAAGUUCUUCGUCACAUAAAGGCCAGAGAAAAAGACGCUGCACCCGUCGAGGUUACUGCCGAGGCCUUGCAGCUACACAUUGUCUUGACAGCGUUAGAUCAGGGCAUCAUGAGCAAUGACUGUGACAUCACGACGGCACAUGGAAGCUUGCACUCGGCGUUAUCACUGUGCAGUUUGGCCCGACUGCUUCUGUACAAUGAAUAUGCAUGCAACGAGCCCAGCUUCAGCACGACACGCGAGAGAUUAGCUGCUGAGGUGGAGAUGCAACAGAUAGCUCUGGCGAGCAUUCAACACAUCGUGUCCAAGACAAUACCGCAGAUGGCGAGGCAAAUAGUUUCGGCGAGUCAGCAACAAUCCAAGGGGCCGAGAUACUCGCCCGUCUUGGCUAGCUGCCUGUAUCAUGCAGCGACAGAGUGCGCGUGGUUUGUCAAGGAGAACAACGACGCGGACAUGGUGGCUGGUUUAGAAGCCAUCACCCAAGCACUCCAAGUGCUGAAGUCCGAGUGGGCUGUUUGCGGUAAGCCUGACUCACCCUGUCAAGUCCGAAGUUGA